AUGGAUAACCUGGUGGAUAACAGGGUGGAUAACCUGGUGGAUAACCUGUUGGAUAACGGGGUGGAUAACAGGGUGGAUAACCUGGUGGAUAACCUGGUGGAUAACAGGGUGGAUAACAGGGUGGAUAACCUGGUGGAUAACCUGGUGGAUAACAGGGUGGAUAACAGGGUGGAUAACCUGGUGGAUAACCUGGUGGAUAACAGGGUGGAUAACCUGGUGGAAAACCUGGUGGAUAACGAGUUGGAUAACCUGGUGGAUAACCUGGUGGAUAACCUGGUGGAUAACGGGGUGGAUAACCUGGUGGAUAACGGGGUGGAUAACGGGGUGCAUAACAGGGUGGAUAACCUGGUGAAUAACGUGGUGGAUAACGGGGUGGAUAACAGGGUGGAUAACGGGGUGGUUAACCUGGUGGAUAACCUGGUGGAUAACCUGGUGGAUAACGAGGUGGAUAACAGGGUGGAUAACGGGGUGGUUAACCUGGUGGAUAACCUGGUGGAUAACCUGGUGGAUAACGAGGUGGAUAACAGGGUGGAUAACCUGGUGGAUAACGUGGUGGAUAACGGGGUGGAUAACAGGGUGGAUAACCUGGUGAAUAACGUGGUGGAUAACGGGGUGGAUAACGGGGUGGAUAACGGGGUGGAUAACCUGGUGGAUAAUGGGGUGGAUAACAGGGUGGAUAACCUGGUGGAUAACGAGGUGGAUAACGGGGUGGAUAACGAGGUGGAUAACGGGGUGUAUAACCUGGUGGAUAACGAGGUGUAUAACCUGGUGGAUAACGAGGUGGAUAACGGGGUGGAUAACGAGGUGGAAAACCUGGUGGAUAACGAGUUGGAUAACCUGGUGGAUAACGGGGUGGAUAACCUGGUGGAUAACGAGGUGGAUAACCUGGUGGAUAACGGGGUGGAUAACAGGGUGGAUAACCUGGUGGAUAACGUGGUGGAUAACGGGGUGGAUAACAGGGUGGAUAACCUGGUGAAUAACGUGGUGGAUAACGGGGUGGAUAACGGGGUGGAUAACGGGGUGGAUAACCUGGUGGAUAACGGGGUGGAUAACCUGGUGGAUAACCUGGUGGAUAACGGGGUGGAUAACCUGGUGGAUAACGAGGUGGAUAACCUGGUGGAUAACGGGGUGGAUAACAGGGUGGAUAACCUGGUGGAUAACGAGUUGGAUAACCUGGUGGAUAACCUGGUGGAUAACGGGGUGGAUAACCUGGUGGAUAACGAGGUGGAUAACCUGGUGGAUAACGGGGUGGAUAACAGGGUGGAUAACCUGGUGGAUAACGUGGUGGAUAACGGGGUGGAUAACAGGGUGGAUAACCUGGUGAAUAACGUGGUGGAUAACGGGGUGGAUAACGGGGUGGAUAACGGGGUGGAUAACCUGGUGGAUAACGAGGUGGAUAACAGGGUGGAUAACCUGGUGGAUAACGGGGUGGAUAACGGGGUGGAUAACAGGGUGGAUAACCUGGUGAAUAACGUGGUGGAUAACGGGGUGGAUAACCUGGUGGAUUACAGGGUGGAUAACGGGGUGGAUAACGGGGUGGAUAACCUGGUGGAUAACGGGGUGGAUACUGUGGUGGAUAACGGGGUGGAUAACAGGGUGGAUAACCUGGUGAAUAACGUGGUGGAUAACGGGGUGGAUAACAGGGUGGAUAACAGGGUGGAUAACAGGGUGGAUAACAGGGUGGAUACUGUGGUGGACAACGGGGUGGAUACUGUGGUGGAUACUCAAUCAGUAAAUGACACGCACCUCGAGAAGCAGAUGAGGGGAAUGUAUAAUUAG